AUAAUCAUAUCCGAAAAUAUUAAAGUCAUAAUCAUAUCCCAUUUCGUCCAUUGCCUAUAUUGUUGUAUGCUAAUAUGUCUUCCAACACUCACUUUUGAGAUGAAACGACAAAGAAAGGGAGCUGAGUGACAUAACAAAUAAAUGGCAAAGUUUAGAUUUCAUGAUUUCCUCUUUGGAAAGGUUCCUUUUCUUCUUCUUCUUCUUUUUUUAUCAAAUAUUUGCUUUCAAGUUGCUACAUGUGGCUCUAUAGUAAAGUUUCUUCCUGGAUUCCAAGGACCCCUUCCUUUUGUGCUUAAAACCGGGUAUGUGGGAGUGGGUGAACAAGAGGAUGUGCAAGUAUUUUACUACUUCAUUGAAUCAGAGAGGAAUCCAAAGGAGGAUCCUCUCUUGCUUUGGCUAACUGGUGGACCUGGUUGCUCUGCUUUGUCUGGCCUUGUGUAUGAAAUAGGUCCAAUUAUGUUUAAAAAGGAGUAUUACAAUGGAAGCGUUCCUAAUCUGAUCUUGAGGCCAGCUUCUUGGACAAAGGUGAGUAGCAUUAUAUUUGCAGAUUUGCCUGUUUCCACAGGCUUCACUUAUGCCACCACAGAAUCUGGUGCUAAACGAAGCGAUUUGAUACAAGUUAACCAAGCCCAUGAGUUUCUCAGGAAGUGGUUGGUUGAACAUCCAAAGUUUCAAUCAAAUGAAAUUUACAUUGCUGGUGAUUCAUACUCUGGCAUUACUAUUCCGGCAAUUGUUCAAGAAAUUGCACAAGGAAAUGAAAAAGGAUUGCAACCAAAGAUAAAUCUCCAGGGAUACGUGUUGGGGAAUCCUCUAACAAUUAGAAAGGAAAAGAAUUAUCAAAUUCCUUAUGCUCAUGGAAUGGGUUUCUUAUCUGAUGAACUAUACGAGUCGUUGCAAAAAAAUUGCAAUGGAGACUAUACAAAUGUAGACCCCAAAAAUCUUUUAUGUUCCAGAGAUAUCAACUCAUACGACGAGGUUAUAAAGGGAAUUAAUACAGCCCAUAUUUUAGACCCGACCGAAUGCCGCUGGCUUCGUCCUGAAAAUAUUCUAAGGAGAUCUCUAAUUAAGAAAUAUCUCUCCAGAGUACCUCCCAUAAGCUGUCCGAAUUACCCACAAUUACUUAGUGGUUAUUGGGCUAACAAUAGCACCGUUCGUAAAGCCCUGCACAUACGCGAGGGAACUAUUGGAAAAUGGAGUCGUCGUUCUGAUAGAAUACCUUAUACGGGAGAUAUCUCUAACAGCUUUGAUUAUCAUGUAAAUCUUAGUGAUAAAGGCUACCGUUCACUAAUCUACAGUGGCGAUCAUGACAUUUCAAUUCCAUUCUUGGAUACAAAAGCAUGGAUAAAAUCUUUAAACUACUCCAUUGUUGAUGAUUGGAGGCAGUGGCAUACAGACGGCCAAGUUGCAGGAUACACAAGGACGUACUCCAAUGGGAUGACAUUUGCAACUGUGAAGGGUGGAGGACACACAGCUGCCGAGUACCGGCCUGAAGAAUGUCUUGCCAUGUUUAGUAGAUGGAUAUCUAAGAGGCCUUUGUAGGAAUAGCCAAAAUUAAACUCAUAUGCUAAGUUGCUAAGUGUGGAAAUAUAUGUCACAUAAAUGCAGAUUAUUGAGCAUUAUUUAUUUCCUGAAAUAAGAGGGAGUUGGUAAUUAAUUAUAUUACCUUAACUCCUCAUUAGUUUAUUUCAGUUUUUAUUCUUGUUGAUGAGGAGUUACUUUCUUGUUUAUGAAUUAUUACUACAUGUAUUUACUUUCUUGUUUAUAAUUGUACUUGACACAUUCCAUAGCCA